AUGGAUCCGGGGCCUUCAGUUCAAGGCGAGCAAGACCAAGAGGUCGCGCAUAAAUCCUCUGUCGAUGUCGAGAAUCCAGCACAGAAGGAUGAGGCACAGAAGGAUGCGCCUGCCAACGAGUUCACUGCGCUUCAAACCGGACUCCUGAUGCUAGCUCUCUGCCUGUCCGUCUUCCUCGCUGCUCUAGACAUCACAAUCAUCACCACAGCACUGCCAACAAUAUCCGAGCACUUUCGGUCCACGUCGGCGUAUAUCUGGGUUGGUGCUGCUUUCAUGAUAUCCGCUUCAGCUGUGACGGCCACUUGGGGAAAGCUGAGUGAUAUAUGGGGCCGGAAAAUCGUCUUGCUUGCUGCCGUAGCCGUCUUCUUCGUUGGUAGCGUGUUGUGUGGUGCGGCUAUCAGCGCGGCUAUGCUUAUAGCUGGGCGAGCGGUCCAGGGUGCUGGAGCUGGAGGACUGUUGGCUCUCACGAAUAUCGUUGUUGGCGAUUUAUUUUCUCCGAGGGAGCGUGGGAAGUAUUAUGUCCCAAUAUCUGGAGUGGCCUUCAUCAUCAUCAUUUUGACGCUCAAGUUGCAGACACCAAAAACCCCCAUAAUCGCAGGCAUCAAGGUCAUCGACUGGCUUGGCACUCUGGUUUUGACUGGCGGUCUCGUGAUGUUCCUACUCGGUCUACAGUUCGGUAGUGCCACUUACCCCUGGAGCUCAGCAACAGUAAUCGGACUCAUCGUCGGGGGUUGCAUCACCCUCAUCCUAUUCAUUCCAGUUGAGUGGAGCUUUGCCAGGAACCCUAUCAUCCCGAUGCAUUUGUUUACGAACAUCUCCAACCUAGCCGCUAUUCUUGUCGACCUCUUCCACGGUGUUACGUUCACCUUGGUCGCAUACUUUCUUCCGCUUUACUUUCAAUCUGUUCUGGGGGAAUCACCUCUGAUGUCCGGCGUGAUCCUCCUUCCCUAUGUCCUCGCGCUUUCAUUUACUUCGGCAUCCGUUGGCAUUUUCCUCAAGAUUACUGGUCGCUAUGUUGGGUGCAUUAUAUUUGGAUUUGUCCUAUCUGUAUUAGGGUGUGGGUUGUUUUACGACCUCCCAGGCUCGAAGAAAUGGGUAAAGAUUAUUCUUUAUCAAAUCGUUGCGGGUAUCGGGAUCGGGGCCAACUUCCAGCCACCCUUGGUCGCCUUGCAGAGCAACGUAUCUAUACAGGACAACGGGACAGUAACCGCUACGUUUAGCCUCAUUCGCAAUGUUGCCUCUGCCAUCGCCGUUGUUAUCGGCUCGGUUGCCUUUGCCAAUGGAAUGCAGUCCCAGCAAGGGCAGUUGAGAAGCGAGCUCGGUCCUGGUCUCGCAAGUUCCUUUUCGCGAGACAAUGCCCAAGCCAAUAUUCCUUUGAUCGAGUCGCUUGAUGACCAUCCACGGAAUAUUGUCCGCCAGGCUUUUUUACAUGCCAUCAGAAAUGUCUGGAUCGAAGCAGUCUGCUUCGCGGCGGUAGGUUUAAUUGUCUGCUUAUUUAUACGCAACGCAAAGUUGGACGAAACACAUACGGAAGUGAAGUUUGGGCUUGAGGGGGAAGCAGAACGGCACAGGAUAGCUCAGGAGAAAAGGAAGAGAACAUAA